ACUGCAAAUCGAACAACCAAUCAGAUUCGGGGUCUAAUGUUAUCAGCAAACAACGCUCCAGAAUGAUAAACCUGGUGACGAAAUGUCCCUGCUUAUCGAAUCUUUCCAUUCACGGUAUCUUCGAAAUUAUCGCAAACGGGCACCCUGGGGGGCCAUUUACGUCAUUGUUGCUAAGUUCCUGCGAAAAUCCUUGACGAAUAUCGAAGAUUUUACCCCAACCAGCAGAAUUACCGUUUUAUCUGUUAUGUUGAUUUACUCCUUUUUCUGAAUUUCCAAGCCCCUGAAAGGUAAUGGCUAACAUAGCUGCACAAAGGAUACGACGAGAGUUUAAAGAGGUUAUUAAAAGUGAAGAGGUAGCAAAAUGUGCCAUCAAAGUAGAGCUUUUAAAUGAUAGCUAUACAGAGCUUAAAGGAGAAAUCACAGGACCCCCAGAUACAGCCUAUGAAGGGGGCGUUUUUGUGUUAGAAAUAAAAGUACCUGAAACAUACCCCUUCAAUCCACCUAAGGUAAGAUUCAUCACAAAAAUAUGGCACCCGAAUAUAUCGUCAGUAACAGGAGCGAUUUGUUUAGAUAUAUUAAAGGACCAAUGGGCUGCCGCAAUGACUUUGAGGACAGUUCUGUUGUCAUUGCAAGCACUACUGUCAGCUGCAGAACCAGACGAUCCACAAGAUGCUGUUGUAGCAAAACAAUUUAAAGAAAAUAUAGAAAUGUUUCAAAUGACAGCUAGACAUUGGACAAAUGUUUAUGCAGGCGGUCCUCAUGUAAAUAAAGAGUGUGAUGAUAAAAUUAAAAGGCUAGUUGAUAUGGGAGUAGAAGAACAUCAAGCGCGGGUCGCAUUGUCUUCAUAUAACUGGGAUAUAGAACGAGCAACAGAGCAGAUAUUUAGUUAGUGAAAUAUUUUUAAUCCGCCAUUUUACUUUUUCUCUCUACAACCUUUCCAAACAGUUUCAUUAUGAUCUACAUGCCACAUUUUUUAAUGCUAUAACUGUUUAUGAAGUUAAAUUAUUUUGAUAUCAUGUAUUUACAGACCUCAGUUCUAAUUUUAAUAAAAGGGAUGGAAUGUUUGCAUUUACUUCAGUGACACUAUUUAAAUUUUUUGUUUAGCAAUUUAAAAUUUGGCCAAGUUAAAAAUCGUUUCCAGAUGCGAAAAGUGUAUUUUAUACUUUUGUCACAUUGGUGUUUGAAAUUUAUUGAUGUUACAGUUUCAGCUUACAGUUAGUUACUACAUGUAUAAAGUUUUUCAUUUAAUUACACUGGUAUCUUGAUAGUAUGAAACACCAGUUUUCAAAUGCAGCAGUUUAGGCUUCUUAGCACCUUAGUAGUAAUUGGAUGAAACACUUUGUAUACUAAUUUUCCUAUAAUUAGUUACUGUUUUGGUUUUGUAAAUCGGCGAUUGAAUACUGUUAAUAAAAAUUUAAUCUUGCAUAUAAACGUUGAACAUAACACUACUUCAUGAUGCCUUAAUAAUUUGAGAAUAUUUUAGCCAGAUUAAGUCAUUGCCCUAGUUUGUAUCUUGAAUGAUUAAUAAUUCUAAUAGUGAGUUCUUAAAUAGGGUCAUCUGAGACCAAUAGUAAAGAAUCCAUUGGACUGUUCAAUUAAAAAAAGUGGGUAAAUUAUUUAUUUGUUGUGAUGUAUGGUUGAAGUUGUUGUAUACUGAUCAAUGAAAGUUAAGAAUCCAAAAGAGAUUUUAUGCACUCAAAUGCUAGUAAAUUCUGUACUGAGAUUUUUGCUCACAAUAACAAAAUUAGAUGUUUUGUGGUGCAAUUUUACGUAAAACCCGCAAAUGUGCAAUAAUACAAUGGUAAUUUAUCAUAGAACCUAAUAACUUAAAAUGAGUAAAUGGAGAAAAUCGUGUUUACAGGAUAUCAUGUGUUUUUUAUAUUUACUUUAUAUAAAGUCAGCAGCGACAACAAAAAAGUACAUGAAAUUGACAAAUUAUGAAUUUUAGUGGAUUGCCACAUGAUGCUAUAUACCUGAUUGUAUAAAUAAAUUAUAAAUAAAAUUUUGUAAUUUCCUUGGAGGCUUGUUACGCUAACAUCGACCAAACCGUAAAAAAUUUGGGCAAUGUGAAAGCAAUUUUACGAAACUUAUAAAACAAUCACGAAUAAAUUAGUUGGAAUAAUCCAACCGUUGCAUA